AUGGCGGCGAGGUCGUCCGACCAAAGCGUCCACGUUCUUCUCCUCCCAUUCCCCACACAGGGCCACAUCAACCCGCUGCUCCAGUUCGGCAAGCGGCUCGCCGGCCGCAGUGGCGUCCGGUGCACCCUGGCGGCGACCCGUUUCGUGAUCAGCUCGACCAAGCCGACCCCAAGCUCGGUCCACGUCGCCGCCAUCUCCGACGGCUGCGACGAGCGCGGCCCCGACGAGCUAGGAGGGAUGGGCUUCCCCUACUUCGAGCGGAUCGAGUCGGUCGGGUCCGAGACGCUGGACGAGCUCCUCCGGUCGGAGUCGGAGGUGGGGCGGCCCGUGCACGUGGUGGUGUACGACGCGGUCGCGCCGUGGGCGCAGCGCGUGGCGAGGCGGCGCGGCGCGGCGUCCGCGGCGUUCCUCACGCAGCCGUGCGCCGUGGACAUCGUGUACGCGCACGCGUGGGCCGGCCGGGUGCCGCCCCGCCGCUGCUGCGCCCGGAGGAGGUACCCCCCGUGUUUCCGGGAGCUGCUGCUGAACCAGUUCCUGGGGCUGGACACCGCCGACCAUGUGCUCGUCAACUCGUUCUACGACCUGGAGCCGCAGGAAGCGGACUACUUGGCGUCUACGUGGAGAGCCAAGAUGGUGGGGCCGACUGUACCGUCGGCGUUCCUCGACAACCGACUGCCGGACGACGUGUCCUACGGCAUCCACCUGCACGCCCCAAUGGCGGCAGAAAGCAUGGCGUGGCUGGACGCCCAGCAGGCGCGGCCCGGACCAGAUGAGCGAGAUAGCCGAGGGCCUCUACAGCAGCGGCAAGCCCUUCCUGUGGGUCGUCCGGGCCACGGAGAGACUGUUAAGCUACCCAAGGGCUUCGCCGACGACAAGGCGGCGAAGGCCAGCAGGGGGCGCCUGGUGUCGUGGUGCCCGCAGCUGGAGGUCCUGGCGCACCCCUCCGUCGGCUGCUUCUUCACGCACUGCGGCUGGAACUCGACGGUGGAGGCGCUCAGCGCCGGCGUGCCCAUGGUGGCGAUGCCGAACUGGGCGGACCAGACGACGAAUGCCAAGUAUAUUCAGGACGUGUGGCGUGUCGGCGUACGGGUGCGCCCGGAUGCCCAGGGGGUGGUGAGGAGCGCGGAGAUGGAGAGGUGCGUGCGGGACGUCAUGGAAGGCGAAAUGUGCAAGGAGUUUAGGAAGAGAGCUCUGGACUGGAGCGGCAAGGCAAGGAAUGCCAUGGGUGAAGGCGGUAGCUCGGAUGUCGCCAUCUCGGACUUCCUAUCCUGUUUUGGACACUCCACUCGUGUGACUCCUGCCAACUGA